AUGGGAGACGUGGUUCAGGAUUUGCAAAGGGCAGUAUCGAAAGGGAAGAUUAGGCAAGUGAAGCAAUUUAUCAAACAGGGUGCUAACAUAAACCAGGCAAACCAAAAUGGUAACACGUGUUUACACAUCGCAGUGAAGAAUGACCAAAGAGACAUCAUUAAAUACCUCAUUAAACAUGAAGCUGAUGUCGAAAAAGGCACGUCAACGGGGCAAACACCCUUACAUCUUGCUGCCUCACAGGGACUUCUUAAGGCAAUGAAAAUUAUUCUCAGUCAUGGAGCCCAAAUUAAUAAUGGAGAUGAUACUGACUGGACUGCAUUACACAUUGCCACUAUAAAUGGUCAUCUUGAUGUCAUCAAAUAUCUCAUCAGUAAAGGAGCUGAAGUGAACAAAGCGAAUAAUCAUGGAAGUACUGCCUUAUGCAUUGCAUCACUGAAUGGUCACCUUGAUGUCAUCAAAUAUCUCAUCAGUAAAGAAGCUGAAGUGAACAAAGGGAAUAAUAAUGGAAGUACUGCCUUGUACAUUGCAUCCCUUAAUGGUCACCUUGAUGUCGUUGAAUAUCUCAUCAGUCAAGGAGCUGAAGUGAAUAGAGGGACUACUACUGGUUGGACUGCAUUGCACAGUGCAGCUGAGAAAGGUCAUCUUAAUGUCACCGAAUAUCUCAUCAGUCAAGGAGCUGAACUGAAUAAAGGAGAUGAUACUGGGUCGACUGCAUUACACUACGCAGCUAAGAAUGGUCAACUUAAUGUCACCAAAUAUCUUAUCGGUCAAGGAGCUGAAGUGAAUAGAGAGGAUGAUACUGGGUCGACUGUAUUACAUUAUGCAACUGAGAAUGGUCAUCUUGAUGUCACCAAAUAUAUCAUCAGUCAAGGAGCUGAAGUGAACAAGGGGAACAAUACAGGUUGGACUGCGUUACACUGUGCAGCUGAGAAAGGUCACCUUGAAGUCUCCAAACAUCUAAUCAGUAAAGGAGGUGAUGUGAAUAGAGAGGAUAAUAAGGGAAGUUUUCCAUUAUGCAUUGCUUCCCAAAAUGGUCAUCUUGGUGUCAUCAAACAUCUUAUCAGUCAAGGAGCUGAAGUGAAUAGGGGGAAUGAGACUGAAUGGACUGCAUUGCACAUUGCAGCUCAGAAUGGUCAUCAUGAUGUAACAAAAUACCUCAUCAGUCAAGGAGCUGAAGUGAAUAGAAGAAAUGAUAAUGGAAGUACUGCAUUACACUAUGCAGCUAAGAAUGGUCAUCUUGAUGUCUCCAAAUAUCUCACCCGUCAUGGAGCUGAACUGAAAAGAGGGAAUGACACGGGUUGGACCGCAUUACACAUUGCAGCUCAGAAUGGUCAUCUUGAUGUCUCCAAAUAUAUAAUCAGUCAAGGAGCUGAAGUGAAUAAAGGGAAUAAUCAUGACGUCGCUGCAUUACAGCAUGCAGCUCACAAUGGUCAUCUUGGUGUCAUCAAAUAUCUUAUUAGUCAAGGAGCUGAGGUAAAUAGAGGUGGUGAUACUGGUUGGACAGCUUUACACAGUGCAGCUCACAAUGGUCAUUUUGAUGUCACCAAACAUCUCAUCAAUCAAGGAGCUGAAGUAAAAAAGGGGAAUAAUACGGGUUGGACUGCAUUACACCUUGCAUCACAGAAUGGUCAUCUUAAUGUCAUCCAAUAUCUCAUCAGUCAAGGAGCUGAAACAAACAGAGGUAAUAAGACUGCAUUAAGUACUGCAUUACACUGUGCAGCUAGGAAUGGUCAUCUUGGUGUCCUCAAAUAUCUCAUUAUUCAAGGAGCUGAGGUGAAUAGAGAGGGUGAUACUGGUUGGACUGCAUUACACAGUGCCGCACACAAUGGCCAUUUUGAUGUCACAAAACAUCUCAUCAGUCAAGGAGCUAAAGUCAAUAAAGGAAAUGAUACUGAAUGGACUGCAUUACACAUAGCAGCUAAGGGUGGUCAUCUUGAUAUCACAAAACAUCUUAUCAGUAAUGGAGCCGAAGUGAAUAGAGGGAAUAAUGCUGGUGUGACUUCAUUACACAUAGCAGCUAAGAAUGGUCAACUUGGUGUUACCGAAUACCUCAUCGGUCAAGGUGCUGAAGUAAAUAAAGGGGAUGAUACUGAGUCGACUGCAUUACAUUAUGCAGUUAAGAAUGGCCAUCUUGAUGUCACCAAACAUCUUAUCAGUCAAGGAGCUGAAGUGAAUAAAGGGAACAAUACAGGUUGGACUGCGUUACACUGUGCAGUUGAGAAAGGUCACCUUGAAGUCUCCAAACAUCUAAUCAGAAAAGGAGCUGAAGUAAAUAAAUGGAAUAAUACUGGUUGGACCCCACUACACAGUGCAGCUCAGAAUGGUCAUCUUGAUGUGGCCAAAUAUCUUACCAGUCAAGGAGCUGAAGUGAAUAGAGGGGAUAAUAGUGGUUGGAAAGCAUUACACAGUGCAGCUGAGUGUGGCCAUCUUGAUGUCACCAAGUAUCUCAUCCGUCAAGGAGCUAAAAGUCAGUAA